AGUGACAUCACAGAGUGGGCCCAGCUGUCCUGCAGCUUUAAGAAGAGUGUGAAGACACAAACUUGACAGUUUGUUCCUGCUGAUCUGUGGUCAGUGUUGCCGCCUCAGACACAAUCAGAGUGCAUGAUGGGACUGAAGACGCUGCUGCUGGUCUCGCUGCUCGCUGCUCGGGAGCUGAUGCUGGCGGCGGGCAGCCAUCAUGGCCGCCCCAUGCCCGGGUCUCCAAUCAACAUCAGCAGGAAGGACCCCGUCCUCCGGCAGGUCGUCCUCAGAGCCGCCUGCUCCUUCAACAACCAAUCAAACGACGCCUUCCUCUUCAAGCCCUCGGCCAUCCACAGAGCACAGCGGCAGGUUGUUAAGGGGGUCCAGUACAUUGUGGAUAUGGAGAUUUCCAGAACCGUCUGCCGUAAACGAGACGACAACAACAACAACAACAACCUGUCCACCUGUAACUUUCAGCCUGAAGGUCGCCUGCAGCAGACGUUUCAGUGCCACACUGAGGUCUGGGUGAUCCCCUGGAAGAACGAGACCAGGACUCUGGUGUUGGACUGUAAACCCUGAAACCACCAGCCGCCUCUGACCUUCAUCACCCAUCAUCAUCCUCCUCUGUGAAGGCCUUCAUCGUCCAUCAUUCUCACCUGUGAAGCUCUUCGUCAUCCUCACCUGUGAAGGCCUUCGUCAUCCUCACCUGUGAAGGCCUUCGUCAUCCUCACCUGUGGCCUUCGUCAUCCUCACCUGUGGCCUUCGUCAUCCUCACCUGUGAAGGUCUUCGUCAUCCUCACCCGUGACCUCUGACCUGCUCCCUGUAUUAACCCGCUCACGCACAAUAAAACCCUGAGAGGAGGAACUGUC